AACUAAAAAGGGAAAUAUAUUUUCAAACAGACACAGAUACAUUUUUGAGCGGUCGUUAGGUGGUGAGAGCGAUGACGGACUUCAACGUGGUCAAGUACCACAAUUACGAGGAUUAUCUGAGGUCGUUUGCCAUCGUCCAGGACUAUCGCUAUCUGCCGUGUCAUAGAACAGUGCGAACCGUGACGAAACUCGGAUACCGCGACAAUGGUAAUGUCUAUAAUGAGGAACAGUUUCUAAUGGCCAAGAAACAAGUGGAAGCUCUGCUGCAUCCGUCAGUAGUCUUGCAUGCUUAUUACAGCCCUUAUUUGAAGGGAGAUGAUGCUGCUCUCGUGGCGCUGGCCGAACGUGAGGCUUCUAACGUGCAGCAGGAGAUCUCGACCAUAAUUUUCCUGGAGGUACACCAGAAGAGCGGCUUCGCCAUAUCCGGCUAUAUAGACUUUGAGUCAAGUCUGCGGAACUUCAGACUCGACGGACCCAAUGCCGUCAACUGGCCGGCCAUCUUCCAGGAGAGGAAGCUACUGCGUCCCCAGCCCUCCGACGUGGUAUUCUAUGACUGGCGCAGCCGAAAGAUCUUCGCAAACGACAAUGACAACUACACAACUGUGGCCCAUGCAGAGCACGGCCUCCUCUUCAUUCACAAAGGCGAUCACAAGCUCAUUCCGGUAACAAACCGGAGAACCCCCUUUAAUAGCAAUGUCAAACGCACCAUGAUUAAGUCCAACCUGUACGGGUUCAUGAUAUUGUACGAUCACACUGUCCGAAAGAAAACAUAGGCAACCUGGGCCCACUUCAAAUAUUGCACAUUCAAACUACAUAUUCUAAAAAAUUUACGUUAAACGCUGCGAAGAGAAAGCA